GCUGGUAACUGAGAGCCAUUAAGUGUAAAAGCCCCGAGUUGGAACAGUAAAGGUUGGACCCCGCAAACUGUGUCGGAGAAAGAAUAACCAGGAAAUGUUCUUACCGAGCAGUGGAGUCGAGGUCUUUGCCCUUCAUGUAAUUGAUGGGUUCAGGGACUUGCAUUUCUCACGCCAUUGGGAGCCGAUCUACUUCGGAAUGGUAACAGGUCACCAUAUACUCUCGAGAUAAUGCACUUAGGUACCUUGUUCUUCGAUUUCACACUCGCCUCCCUAGCCUGAAAUCGCACAGCUGAGGCAUAAUGGGCAAGCUCACCACUUUCGGGUUUCUUCGCGAGCAAUGGACGGACCUCCCCAUCUCCACUACGGACGUCAGCGAUCAGUCGCUGGUCGUGGUCGGUGCUAAUGUUGGGCUUGGAAACGAAGCUGCUGUGCAUUUGGCCCAGCUGAAACCUAAGAGUCUGUUGAUCACCAGCAGAGACGAAGUCAAGUGCGAACAGUCAAAAGCAGACGUGGAGACCCGGUCGGGCAUGACUGAUAUCAAAUCCUGGCCCCUUGAGCUAAGCUCAUUCGACUCAGUGCGUUCUUUUGUGAACAAGUUUGAGGCGAAGGGUUGCACAGCAAAUGUUCUGAUCGCCAACGCCGGCAUGUCGACGACGAAGUACACGAAAACUCCGGAUGGCUAUGAAACUUCAUUGCAAGUGAAUUACCUGUCAACCACUCUGUUGAGCAUAUUGAUGCUGCCUCACCUCAUCAAGACCGGGACUCCUGAACAUGCUUCGAGACUAGUUAUUGUGUCUAGCGUGGCUCAUUUUCAAGCCAACAGGCUAGAAGGGGCAGAGAAAUGGCCUAGUAUCAUCGACAUGAUCAACGAUGAGGCGUAUUGUACCUCUAGCGUGAUGAUGAACCGAUACCAACUAUCCAAACUCCUUGAAGUGAUGUUCAUCCGUGAGCUGUCUUCUCGGCUUUCCACACCGACGUUGGUCGCAGUUUCCGCGGUCAAUCCUGGUCUUUGCCACUCCCGUCUUACACGAGAUGUCGAUUUGAAUCCUUUCUCCAAGUUUGUUAUGAAUAUUCUCCAAGGGUUACUGGCACGCACGACUGAGAUGGGCAGUCGGACACUUGUCCAUGCGGCAAUCGAGCCAAGUGAGAGGGAACGGCAUGGCCGCUACCUGUCGAGUUGCAAAGUUACCGAAGAGAGCGACUAUGCUCUCAGUGCGGAAGGUAGGGAAGUAUCGAAGCGUUUGUGGCACGAGACCCUCAAGAUUCUUGGAGACAUCGAUCCAAGAGUCAAUACAAUUGUAUCUGAGAACCUCAUCAAGGAAUGAUAGCAUGACUUGACUGUUAUUCAUUAUAGACGGUCGUGUUGUAUUCUUAUCUCAGUUAUCUGUGGCUGUCGGUGGCACAAAGUUGAGCUCGCCCUGUUUUCAACGUUGAAUGGCGUUUGAUUCAGUGUAGUCCGAGUAUCAGCGAAUAACAAUGCAGA